AUGUUUAUACACUUGGAAUUGUCUUUUGGAAAGUUUUAUCAAGAUUUCAUUUUCAAAGUAAAAUUAAAUCUUUUUAAAAUAAAAACUAAAGAUAAAAUUAUAGAUAUUGAUGUAAAUAAUUAUUUAUAUCCACUUGAAGAACAAUUAAAAGAAUUAAAUUUGAGUCUCAAUAAUCCAACAGUAAAUGAAAUGAAUAUAAUUAUUCAUCUAAAAGAAUCAAAAAAUCGUCCAUUAAUUAAUUCAAAAUUGAAGAGUUUACAAUUAAAAUCAUUUGAAUUAAUUGUUAAUAUUUUAAAUGAAUGUUGGCAAUUAAAUCCAGAUUUAAGAAUUUCAUUUGGAGUUAUUUUUAACAGAAUUCAGUCCUUUUUAUCUUCACUUUAUAACAAUUAA